AUGGAACUUCUGUCAGCUUCUGGGUAUGUAGUGCUGUUUUCCUCCCUGUUCACACAUGGAGCAUUUAAAGCUCCGGAUUGGAAUAAAUCAGUCAUAGACUCAAGCGCUGCUCUAGAGGUCCAGCCUAACAGCAAACACUUCAGGGGGGAAAAUCUCACCCUUCUCUGCUCAGUAAAAGGAGGUAAUUCAACAGGCUGGAUACUGAAGAAGCGUCAAGGAGCUGAAACGAGGUCAGGAUGUUUGCAGUUGAAUGGCACAGAAUCUACAGACAGACCUGAAGAAUGUCAUUUCAUUGACAUUGACUACAAGAACAGUGGAAUGUACUGGUGUGAGAGUCCUGCUGAAAACAAGAGAAGCGACUUUGUCAACAUCACCGUGAGCUAUGACUCUGAAGAUGAAAAGACAUUUACAGGAUCUUUAGUCUGGGUUUCAGGGCUCUGUGUCAUCUUGGUUCUUCUAGUGCUUUUUCCUGUGCUCUGGCUGUUGUGUCCAGGUUUCAGGGAGAAUUUGCAUGUGUGUCCAAAUAGGGCAUUCAGGAGGGAAAGGGUCCAACAGGAAAUGCCUAAAACCAAGCAGGACGUGACUGAAAUCCAGUGGGAUCUUCCCUGGAUGGAAAUGGACAAUUUGCUGGACAAACACCAAAAUCCUGGCAGCUGAACAUUCUACAUUUUAAAUGUCAGAAAACUGCCGCUGUGCUUUAUAGAGUGAGUGAUGGGUAAUAUGACAGAUGAAUAAAGAGGCCGUAUACUAACUAUAUAUAUAUAUAUAGUUAGGCCUAUUGCACAGUGUUGACAAAAUAUAUUUAUGUCUUUAAAAAGGAUAAAUAAAUAAAUAACAGAAAUGAAUCAUAUACAUUCAAAACUGACUGAAAAUGCUAUUUUUUAUGUUAACAUUGUGACAUUUGAUUAACUGUUUAAUGUAAGUGUCAGUGUAAUUAGGUGUUUUGAUCAUGUACUGGUAUUCCUCCUAUAGGUAAUUUUAUUUAAAUAUUUAACAUUAAAAUUUUACUUCAGUAAUGAAUAUACUUUCAUAAAUUUGAAAGUAUGCAUGAGCAUGUUUUUUAAAAGUACACUUAUUUUCAUGUAAAUUUAAGAAUAUUUUUUAUAGUACAUUUUAAAUUAAAUAAU